CCCUGUGUCUCCUGUCUCUCCAGACAGUCUCUGUAGCUCUGCCCAUGAGCACAGUUGCAGCCUCCAGGAGGAGAUGCCAUGACCUUCACCUUCACAGCCCUGCUCCGUCUGGGACUGACUCUGGGCCUGGGGACCCCAGUGCUGGCAGGGGCCCUCCCUAAGCCUAUCCUCAGAGCACAACCAGAUUCUGUAGUCUCUCAGCAGACUACCGUAAUCUUCUUGUGUGAGGGGACCACAGGAGCCAAAGAGUACUGUCUGCAUAAAGACAGACACCGACCUUUAAAGUGCACAGAGAUUCCACAGAGUCCUAAGAACAAGACUGAAUUCUCAAUCUCAAAAAUAGACCAUUACAAUGCAGGGCAAUAUAGCUGUCAAUAUCGGACCGGUGAUGGAUGGUCAAGGGACAGUGACUCCCUGGAGCUGGUGGUGACAGGAUUCUACAGUAAACCCAGCCUGUCAGCCCAGCCCAGCCCUGUGGUGACUGAAGGAGGGACUGUCACUCUCCAGUGUGUCUCAUGGCAGCCAUAUCACUGGUUCAUUCUGACUAAGGAAGGACCACAGAAGCUCUCCUGGAUGCUGGACUCACAGUAUAACCGCCAUACUAGACAGUUCCAGGCCCUGUUCUCUGUGGGCCCUGUGACCUCCAGCCAAAGGUGGACAUUCAGAUGCUACAGCUUUAACAGGGACAGCCCACGGGUGUGGUCAGAACCUAGUGAUCCCCUGGAGCUCCUGUUCUCAGGGACCCUCCACAAACCCACCAUCAAGGCUGAGCCACGCUCUGUGGUCACCUCAGAAAGCCCCAUGACCAUUUGGUGUCAGGGGACCCUGGAUGCAGAAAUAUGUGUUCUGCAUAAACAGGGAAGCCAAAAAACCUGGGGCACACAGACGCCAGAGAAGCCUGAGAACAAGGCCAACUUCUCCAUCCCUUCUGUGACACAGCAACAUGGGGGACAAUAUCGCUGUUACUGUUACAGCUCAGCUGGCUGGUCAGAGCGCAGUGACACCCUGGAACUGGUGGUGACAGGAAUCUACUACAGUAAACUCAGACUGACAGCCCUGCCCAGCCCUGUGGUGACCUCAGGAGGGAAUAUCACUCUCCAGUGUGUCUCACAGGAAGGAUAUGACAAGCUCAUUCUCACCAAGAAUGAUCAAAAGGUUUUUAGGUCUCUGAACUCACAGUUUAUACACAGUAUCAGGCAGUACCAAGCCUUGUUCUCUAUAGAUCAUGUAACACCAGACCACAGAGGGACAUUCAGAUGUUACGGUUACUAUAAGGAUACCCCACAGUUGUGGUCAGUACCCAGUGAGCCCCUGGAAGUACACAUCUCAGGCCUCUCCAAGAAGCCCUCCUUGCUGACUCACCAAGGCCAUAUCCUGGACCCUGGGAAGACCCUCACCCUGCAGUGUUGUUCUGACUUCAACUAUGACAGAUUUGCUCUGUACAAAUUGGGGGGAGAUGACCUCACCCAGCAUGAUGGCCAGUGGACCGAGGCUGGCCUCUCCUUGGCCAACUUCACACUGGGCCCUGUGAGCAGAACUACUGGAGGCCAAUACAGAUGCUAUGGUGCACACAACCUCUCCUCUGAGUGGUCAGCCGCCAGUGACCCCCUGGACAUCCUGAUCACAGGACAGCUUCGCUUCAGUCCUUCCCUCUCAGUGAAACCUAACUCCACAGUACACCCUGGAGACAACGUGACCCUGCUGUGUCAGUCACCAUACAAGGUGGACACUUUCAUUCUGUCCAAGGAGGGAGCAGACCACCAACCCCAGCGACUAAAAUCAAAGUCUGAAGCUCAGGAGUUCCAGGCAGAAUUCUCCAUGAGUGCUGUGACCUCUGACCUCUCAGGCACCUACAGGUGCUAUAGAUCUCAAGACUCAUCUCCCUACCUGUUGUCAUAUGCCAGUGACCCUGUGGAGCUCACGGUCUCAGAACCCAUUGGAACCUCCAGCCCACCACCCUCAAAGUCCAUGCCAACAGCUGGACUGGAAGGGUACCUGAAGGCUCUGGUCGGAGUCUCUGUGGCCUUCCUCCUGUUCCUCUUCAUCCUCAUCUUCCUCCUUCUCCGACGAAGGCAUCAGGGAAAAUUCAGGAAGGAUGCCAGGAACGAUACAGAAUUGCAACUUCCUACAGGAGCUGUAGAGCCACUAAGCAGAGACAGAGGCUCCCAGAAGAGAUCCAAUCCAGCUGCUGCCACACAGGAAGAAAUCAUUUACGCUUCAGUGGAGGACACACAGCCUGAGGAUGGUGCCAAGCUGGACAGUUGGAGACCAGCUGAGGGAGACCCCCAGGGAGAGACAUAUGCCCAGGUGAAAGGCUCCAGGGUCAGGAGGGCAGGAGCUGUCCUUCCUUAUGUCAUGUCAGGAGAAGUCCUGGACACCAAAGAUGGACAAGCAGAAGAUGACAGAGAGAUGGACACUCAGGCUGCUGAAUCCGAGGAGCCCCAGGAUGUGACCUAUGCCCAGCUGUGCACCAGAUCACUCAGACAGGGAACAGCUGCACCUCCUCCCUCCCAGGCAGGGGAAGCCCCAGAGGAGUCCACUGUAUAUGCUGCUCUGGCAGUCACUCAACCGGGUUCUGUUCCGAGUAACAAGGAGCAAUGACUCUCUGCCUGCUGGGAGACUUAACAGACACAUCCAAGGUUUUAUGUGAACUUUUGGGCACCUGACUGCAUUUUAACUAACAUGAUACAUUUUGGAAAUAAAGCAGAUUUCUCAAUAAUCACGUGAAAUGAGAAACUAAAUAGAAGGGAAUGGUUUCACACUGAGUACUAAUUUUAAUGACAUCACUCAUUAAAGCCAUGAAAUGAGAAAAUUUACAGGCUUGGUUGCACAGAUCCAUAAUACCAACC